GAACAAACGAACGGCUGAAGCUAGUGACCAGGAUUAAGGUAUUGAGGUAUUGAGAUUGAUAUUGAGAAAGAGAUAUUUGCAACUAGGAAAAGGGCAGGGUAACUAGAAUAUGGUGGGCGUGGAAGAGAAGUUCGUCGUCACGGCGUGGAGGGAUGCGGAGGAGUUGUUUGGGUUGAGGAGGGAUUUGUAUGGAGAUGAUUUGGCGGCGAGGGGGAGGGGUGUUAGGAUGGUUCAAGCGUGGAAAUUGAGGAAGACGGAAUUGCCGCUGCUGCUUGAGUCUACGGCCGAUCUCGUGGACGCUGAGAUUCAGGAUCAAAGGGGCGUGUUGGAGGCGAGUAGUUUGAAGUUGAUUUUUGGUGGUGCUAUCGCGAGAUUCAUAACCGGCUUCGCCGACACAUCCCUUGAGCUCCGCCGCUCCAAACCCUCCUUCCAUGCCUCCAAUCCCUCAACCCCCUUCCUCUCCCUCCCCCCUCACCUCCUCGAAGUCCGCCACAGCAUCGUCCACCGCGAAUAUCCCACUCUCCCCACCCUCAGACGCUCAUGCCGCGAAUGCUUAGCCUGGCUCUGGGAAUGGUACUGGUCGCGCCUCGACAUCGCCUUCUCCUCCCCUCUCACCCUCAAAACCACCAACGAAACAGUCGCCACAGGCUCCCUCACAGAAACCGAACUCCGCACCUCCAUCUCCACCCUCCUAAAAACCUACACUAAAAGCCGGAAAACCGAAAUCAAGUCUCGAAGAAAGGGAUCCUCUCUAGCCGCGAAAAACGCAGCCGACGCGCUCAAGACCGUGAUCGCCAUGGCCAGCAGCACACCGACGACCUCGAGUCCCGUAUUCGACACCCUGCUCAUGCAGCUUGUUGAUGAAGACGCUGUCAUUCCUGCUGGGAAGGCGCUUGGCACGAGUAUGUCUGGUGCGUUUUUGCUGUGGUCGCAGCUUUUGGUUGCGGUGUCGGUGAUGCACGGAGGGUUCGUUACACUGCUCGUUGCAAGGAUGGUGAAGAGGAUGAAUGCUGCGUGCUCUGCGUCUCCCGCUGCGGUGGAAAAGAACCCGGUCGGCGAGGCGUUUGCGGAGUGGUUGGUUCAUGUGCUGACGUCUGAGGAGUGGGGGGAUGUGAGGCGGAGGUAUGGAAAGGAGCAGCAUGGGUGGAAGCUGAGGGGUUUUGAGGAGGAGGUUAUGGAGAGUUUGUUUCUGGAGCCUGGGUAUUGGAAUUUGAGGGUUGUGGAGAGGGUUAUUGGGGCGGGGGCUGUGGGUGAUGGUGGGAGUUGGAAGGCGAUUUUGGAGGCGGCGAGGGGGGAGGGGGAGGGUAUGGAUGUGGAUGAGAAGGUUGAUGUUGGUGGAGGAGAGGGAGAGAGAGAAACAGUUGAUGGGGUGGUGGAGAAGACGAAGGGGCCGCAGAAGUGGAUUGGGCUUUGGAAACCUACACCGAUAGGGGUGCUGCCCUUGGGAUGGGAGGAUGAUGAGUGA